AUGCAGCUGCCAAGAUCGGUUGUAUUGACAUACAUAUAUCAGAUUGUAUGCAAGGUGAAGUGGGCAUGGGAUUGCCUUCUUAUCCAGUCCUUCUUUCAGCCUCGCAGAAUAUUUGAGUUACCAGACUAUGUUGAUGACCUUAGUGUAACGUGUUAUGAGAAUAAUAAUCAUGAGCGUUGGGAUUCAUCCAUGGAGUGUGCUGGUUGCUUAUGCAGAAUUAAUGAAGGGGAUGAGGUUAUAGAGCUGAGAUGCAGCCAUCUUUAUCACAGAGUUUGCAUAGAAAGGACGAUAGGAUAUGGUCACAGAACAUGUCCACUCUGCCGGAAUGACAUACAGCCACCGCAACUGGCAGCGGAGCUCCAUCUGCAGGCGGAGGUGAUACUAAUCAACUUCUGCGCCACCAGAUCAAGGGAUGACCUCUGUACCUGGUGGCUGCGCUAA